ACUCCCAUUAAACCCGGUCUGAGCCAACAAAGCACAAAUCCCUCAAUAAACCCUAUUCACUUUUCUCCUCCGCUUCUUCACUCUCAGAAAACCCUCGUCAUCUUAAAAGACCCUCACCUUCCUUGUCCACUUGUAAUGGCUCUCUCUCUUUCAAGACCCAGACACAGAUCCCUCUCUAACCCUUAUCUAAUCCACCUCUUCUCUUCCUCUUCCACAACCCCAUCAGAUGACCCUUCUGUUUCCGAACCCCAGCAACAGCAACAGCAGCAGCAGCAACAACAACAACAACAACAAAAGUCCUCUCUCUCUAGCUAUUUCAAUGAUGUCAAAGCCAGUCUUAAGCAACAAAACCCUGAAAACAGGCCAAAUUCUCCACCUUCAAGUAAACCCACUUACUCAACAAACCAAUCAUUCUCAAAACCCACAAGCAAUAUUGCUUCUUUUGAUGAAAUCAGAAAGAAUCUCUCUGAAUUCAGGCUUCGAUCCUCUGAUCCACCACCUAGAGAACCUAACUCUGCUCCCUCACAGGAGCCAUCUUCUCAGCAACAGAUCUCAUUUCAAGAACUUUAUAAAAGAAAUGUCCUUGCAAGAUCGACGGGUGGUAGUGGAACCACUCAAUCAGGUGGUAUCAAUGCUAACCAACCCAUUUCAGGGAGGCUAACAUUUGACGCAAUUAGAGAGAGUUUGAGGCAGAUGAAGGGUGGUGGUGAUAAUAACAAUACCGCGGUUGGGAGAGGCCGUGUUGGGGAAUUGUCAUUUUCGAGUUUUAAGCUAAAGCCAGGAAACGAAAAUGAACCAAUGAAUAAGUCGACUAUAAUUGGUGGGACUGAGGGGUUGCCGAGUGCGGUAUUUGGGAGGGAAAUGGAGGGGGAAGGGAGUGCAAAAGGUGAAAUGAGUACGGAGUUUGUGAAAAUGUAUAGUCAUGGAGAGUUGGGAGAUAAGUUGAGGAUUUUGCGGCCAAAGGUGAAAAGGGGUGAAAAGGGGUGGUUUACGUUGAAGGAAUUGAACGAGAGGUUGAGGAAGUUGAGGGAAAUGGAGGAAAAGGAGACAGAGUCGAGGGUUGGUGGGGUUUCCUUUAGGGAUUUGAGGGAGAGUUUAGUGAAGUUGAAAGCGUCCAAUGAUGAGAAGGCUAUAAAGAAUUCGGUUCAGAGACUGAAUCUCAUGGGCCAGUUACGUGCUUCAAAUGUAACGCUGCAGCCUCCAAAGAAGCACUUAGUUGAGAAGUAUUUCCAUCCAGAUAACAUGUCUUCUUCUGAGAAAAUGAAAAUUGAGCUUGCAAGAGUAAGAGAUGAAUUUAAAAUGUCAGAGUCAGACUGUGGAUCUGCACGUGUUCAAGUGGCACUACUGACAAUUAAGAUCAAGCAUCUGUCUUCGGUUCUGAACAAGAAGGAUAAGCAUUCUCGGAAGGGUCUUAUAGGGAUGGUUCAAAAGAGGAAGAAGCUGUUGAAGUAUCUCCGGAGGACUGACUGGGAUUCUUACUGCCUUGUUCUUUCAAAACUUGGUCUCCGAGACAAUCCAGAUCACAAGACCUUGACUAGACAAUAAUGACGAGAACUAGACUAGAGCAACCUGCUGCAUGGAAGUUAUGGUUAUAGAAAUAUUCAAGUCCAAUGGCAGUGAAAGUAGAAAUUGCUUGGACACUGCAUUUAUGGAAUUAGUGGGACUUAAAGAAGGGAAUGAUGCAAGUCUCUUUAGAGGGCAUGAUUUGCUGAUAACACUAGUUUGUUUUAAAAUAGAAUGUUGGUUGGCUGACCGGCUGUUAGCUCGAUCAGAUUGUAGUACUGUCAAAAGUGUUCAGUAAUGUCGAAGGUUCAGAAUUAAGCCUUUGGGAGGGGUGGGAUAAAUUUUUGAAAUAUGAAUGGAGUGUUUGUCGAGAUAAAUCUGACAAUGACAAGUAGAAGUAAAGCUUGAGAGCAUGCAAGAAUUAUAAAGUUA